UGUACGCGUAUUGUUAUGAUAAAAUGCGAGUAACACGUCAUGCAAAGAGUUUUCAAGUUUUAGAGUAGGAUCAAUUUAUGUUCCAAUUCGAUGCUUCAUUUUUGUUUUUCUUUCUGCUUUGUCGCGUGCUGUCGAACGCGUCGGGCAUGAGCUGCUGAAUGUUUUUUUGGCUUAACCUAAACGAAAUCUGUUAGACAGGAUUCCGCGUGAUAUAGCAACAUUCUGUUGUGAAUUUUGAAAACAAUACUUGAAAAUUUUUACUAUAAACUUACGCUUGUAUCAUUUUCUUCUUCGUUAAUUUAACGCACCUUUCAGAUUCAAUUGAAGAACAUUAGAACAUUGAGCGUCAACAAUGGCAGAUGAACAGCAGCAGUUUUUUCUUAAAUGGAAUGAUUUCCAAUCUAACAUGGUAUCAUCGUUUAAACAUUUACGGGAUGAAAAAAGUUUUACAGAUGUGACAUUAGCUUGCGACGGUCAGACUUGUAAAGCACACAAGAUGGUGUUAUCUGCUUGUAGUCCAUAUUUUAAGUCUUUAUUAGAGGAAAAUCCGUCCAAACACCCCAUUAUAAUUCUAAAAGAUGUUGCGUACAGUCACCUUCAGGCUAUUUUGGAGUUCAUGUACGCGGGAGAAGUUAAUGUUUCACAAGAUCAAUUGCCUGCAUUUCUUAAAACUGCUGAUCGAUUGAAAGUUAAAGGGUUGGCAGAAGCACCAGGUGCCAUCAAGAGAGAGGGUUAAAAGUUUCACUCAUAGUUAUGGAUUUUGGGAAGUGUGCGGACUGAUAAAAAAGAAAAGUGUAAUAAUGUAAAGUGAUUGCGUAAAGACAUAUACCACACACUAUAAAAAAAACACACGCUACGUGUGCACAACUCAGUGUCCUCUGGUUCAUGACUUGGAUCAACACACAGCGACAAUGUAAAUUAUGCCUUUUUCUUAAUCUCAGUUAAUGUUAAUGUUGUAUUGAAUGUAUGUAUACAAAUACGGUAGAGAUGAAAUGUUGAUGUUUGUCUUGAACCCAUUGCGCCAUAAUGUGGUAGCGACAACAUUGAUUAUUUUUUUAAAACAAAGUGCUGCAAAAGUAAUAAGUGGGUCACGAUAGUUUACAAUACACAAGACAGUUUUGUGAAUCAAACGGAAACGCUAAAAGACAUCUUUUGCAACUACUGUUUUUUAAAAUGAAUCUACUGACUCACUAUACUUUCCUAUCGGCGGUUCCGCGGUAGAUCUGUUUACGUGGUAUUCAAAUUUCUUCGGUCUAUACUUCAGUCUUACGAAGUCUUUCUUAUGAUUUUCUUUUCAGUAGACGUUACAGCAUCAUUCUAUUUUACCGUAACAUUUGCAGAAACAUUAAGAUUUUUCCAACAUCGUGCAUAGUUGUAAGAUUUUGUUAACACACUCUCUGGUAUCGACUUGGAAGAAAUUUCAAUCGUGAACCGUGAACAGAUCUUCAUCACCCCGAUUAUCCCAUUGAAUAAUGUUAAAUCAAGUUUACUGGAAGUUGUAACAUGCGUGUCGUAUAUCGCUCUCUUUUAUUACACAUGCAGUUAUUUUUCAGACUACCGAAGAUAUGAAAAUGAUAUUCGUGUAUGUAUGAUAUAGUUUGAAGAGGGAAACAAAAUUUGGGCGGUGAUCGUUAUAUUUUCUUCCCCGCAUAAAACUUCUAUGCGAAUGAUUCUUUUGUUGUUUGAUAAAGGAUUGAAAAACAAUUGCGUGUACGUGGAUUGAUGAAUCGUGUCGUUUCUCAACACCGAAUAUUUCAAAUUCGUAACAGAUAAAAUCCAUUCGGUACCGGUUACCUCUUCUAGUGAUCAUGAUUUCUUACUUAACCAAAUACUGCCAGUAUUUGUACCGGCGUAUUCACAAUAUUACCGAUAGACCAAAUUUAUUUAUGAUAAUAAUAUAUUAAGGGUUGAAUGUCUUAAGUCGAGGGAAGGUUAUUGUAAUAUAAGCGAAGCAAAUUUUUGUAAAGUCGGAGCGCACAGUUCCUUUCCCCUCCCGAAGGAAAUCAGGAUAAUCAGAGAGUUUUAAAGAAAAUGAAAAGUCAGGAAACAUUAUCGAGUCAAGAAUACAUGUAUCAACAUGUAUCGCACGGAAAUUCAUCGAUAUUAUUUUAUUUUAUUUUAUUUUUUAUUACUUCAAUGCAUUCAGUACUUUAUUUCUUAGAAACUCACAGAUUUUUUUUUUUCUCGCCUUUCAAUAUAUUUGUAAUCAAUUCUUGGCUCUAUUCGUUUUAUUUUGUUCAUCCUUCUUGUUUGUUGAAAUUUAAUGCAAUGUAAUUUCGUAUAAAAAAAAAAAGAAUGAAGCAUAUCAUUUUUUUCGACGCGACGAAUACCUUUUUUCUUUCUAAACUCGUAUUUUAAAUAAACACGAGUACUUCUACGACACCGAAUGCCAGUUCAGGAUUACUCAUUUGUUGUCUCCGUUGCACCAGAAACACGUUGGGAAAACAAAACGAUGUAAACCAAUUGUAGCGUAUAGAUUUCAUUUAGAUUGAACGUCGGAUGUUCCCGUGAAUAAUUGCGUUCAGUGUAUAUAAUCGAUUGUAACAAGCGAUUUAACUUCAGUAAAAUUAACAGCACAUAACACGUUGAACGCCGUACUUAACUACAUUUUUGAAAUUUAUUUUUAAUUUGCUACUUUUUACUUUACAAAACUGGUAUACAUGAUAUUGAAUUGUCUUUUGAUCUUUUUUAUUGUAAUUAUUUAAUUAUAUUCGUGAUACCGAUCACCGGCAUUCAACGCGUUAACAAACGAUUGUUGCACCUAAAAACAAUAAAUAUACUAAAUGGGACCAGUUGCAACAAACGUUAAUAUUAAAGACAGAAUUGAAACUGAAUUUUUAUUGCCCUCGUUAACCAGCCGCAUAUUAUCAAUUUUUACUUGUUUAUUUAUCCCUAAACAAAUGGUACAGCAGAAAGUAAAUCUUGCACAGACAUCCGACAAUAAGUUGCAUGGAAAAAAAAGAAACAAAAGAAAAGUGAAGAUCCGUGUCUAUUGACAGUAUUUAAGUCAGCCUUUAACAUUAAGAUGGUUGCUUUCAGUUCCUACAAUGACACGUUCAUCGGGCAUUUGGUGGUUUAAAACGCAAAUCGUACCGUGUGUAUUUGCUAAAGCGUAAAGUUCACCUAAUAUACACCUAGAAUAGAAGAUGUUUAUAUAUGAGUAAUGGAUUCGAGAUAAGUUCGCGACUUGUUGAUAAGCCUUCCUUACGUUUUUCUCUCGAUUUCAUUAAACAAACGCGUACAAAUGAUACACGUUUCUCGCAAACCUGUUUUUUUUUUUU